GAACAAGUUUGACAAUGACACAAGACACGAUUUACGCGUCAUCUGUCAAAAACAGUGUUGCCAAAAAGAUACUAGCAAAAAAAUCACCCAUUAUUAAAGCUACAAAAAAGGAAGUGACGUAUAUUUUUUGCCAAUAAUAUUCGCUAAGGUGCCCACAGAGACGCCUCUGGACCUAAUAAUUUUAAUCUAUUUAGGGCUAAAUUAGCAUCUUAAACCGCAAAAUUUCAACAGAAUCGCGUAAACAUUUGCAUUUCCGGACCCAUGUUUAUAGUAACUUUUUUUCAUACGUUUUAAGCACCCUCUAAAAUAUCUCCGUCUCUUUUUCGAACAGCCUGCGAUAGCUGCUUAUCUUGCAAAUAAAUCGAAUUAAGAAAUGUAUUAUGGUAUGGAUAUAUAAAUGUUAAAAUAUUCAAAGGUCAAUGCAAAAUCUAUAAAUAGUAACAAUGCCACUAUGAUUUAUUUUUCAUAAAAUCCAAAUGUUGUUUUAUAACUGCUUCUAGGUGCCUAUGGAUAUUUUUCUUUGAUAAAAGUAUGCUCUCAAUAAAUUUCCCUUUUCCUUUCUAUUUCAUACCUUUCAAGGAAACUAGCCGGUUUAACGGUGUUCGUCACAGGGUCUAGCAGGGGCAUAGGAAGAGCUGUAGCUUUAAAAGUAGCCAAAGAUGGAGCCAAUGUAGUAGUAGCUGCCAAGACAACGAAAGAUCGACCUGAUCUACCUGGAACUAUUUAUUCAGUAUGCGAAGAAAUUGAAAAAGCAGGCGGUAAGGGACUUCCCUGCAAGGUAGAUGUUAGAGACGAAACAACAAUACAAAAUGCCGUAGACGAAGCCGUGCGAAAGUUUGGUGGUAUAGAUAUUGUAGUUAAUAAUGCAGCUGCAAUUUCAAUAACUGAUACUGAAAAUACUGAAAUUAAGGCCUAUGACUUGAUGCAAAAUGUCAACACAAGAGGAACGUUUUUAGUCUCAAAGAUGUGUUUGCCACAUUUGAAGAAAAGUAAGCAUGCCCACAUACUCAAUAUGUCACCACCAUUGAAUCUGAACCCUUUUUGGUUCAAGUACCACGUACCAUACACCAUUUCCAAGUAUGGAAUGUCUAUGUGUGUACUAGGAAUGCACGAAGAGUUUAGACCAUUCAAUAUUGCUGUCAAUGCCCUCUGGCCUAAGACAGCAAUUCGUACAGCAGCCCUUGACAUGCUGCUGGAAGGCACAGAUACAAAAUCCUUCAGUCGCAAGCCAGAGAUGGUAGCUGAUGCAGCUUAUGCUAUUAUUACCCAGGACCCAAAAAAAUGCACUGGAAAUUUCUUUGUGGAUGAAAAAGUGCUCAAGGAUGCGGGGAUUACUGAUAUGACUCAGUAUCUAUACGUACCAGAAAACCACGACAAGAUCUUGCCGGAUUUCUUCUUCGACGGGGCUAUACCUAUUUUAUCCGGUUACUAUGAAGCUAGAAAAAAAGGCAACAAAAUAGAAGAAAAACCAAAUGCUGCGGCACACGGCGAUGUUGCUAGCCUGUUCAAGAAAAUUGGUAGCUCAAUUUCACCAGAACUGGUACAAAAAACAGGAGCUAUCUUUGUUUUUAAUUUGACCGGUCAAGAAACAGGAAAGUGGUAUAUUGACUUGAAAAACGAAAAUGGAAGUUGUGGACCUGGAGAACCUUCAGUAAAACCCGAUGCAACUAUCACCAUGGAUUGCAAACAUUUUUUCAGUAUGGUCUCAGGGCAGUUAAACCCCGCUACUGCUUUCAUGAUGAAAACAAUGAAAGUUGAAGGAAAUAUACAGCAAGCUUUGAAACUCGAAAAGUUCGUGGCUAUUAUAAAGGAUAAGCUAUGAGGUUCUACAAUAGACAAUUCUCUAUGUUGAGUAUAUAGUUUUUUGAAUAAAUGGUUUCUGGGGUGAAAUCAAAUAAUAACCUAUCGUCGUUUUGUUCGUCGUACCAUACUUGUGGAAGAUUUCAAUUUUGUUUACAAUACCUCAAUAAACCUGCGA